AUGCUUCUCAAGCAGGUACUCGUGACCGCCUUCUUGGCCCUCGGGUCGGUCUCGGCCAUGCCCAACCCCCACGGCGACACUGCCGACAUCGUGGGGCGGGAUGCCGACGCCGACCUCGACGUCCGCACCGACAACCACGACCACCACGAUUGUGGCCGCGACGCCGACUGGAACGACUGGUGGAAGAAGUGCGUCUGCAAGGACAAGGACAAGGACUGGGACGACAAGACCAGGUGCUGCAACUGUCGCGACGGCAAGAAGUGGGAUGGCCACCAUUGCGUCCCCGACUGUGGCAGGGAUGCCCAUUGGGACGACCACGACAAGAGGUGCGAAUGCAACGAUCGCGGCAAGGAGUUCGACCCCAAGCAUAAGGAAUGCAAGUGCCCCGACCAUAAGAAGUGGGAUGGCCACAAAUGUGUUUUCGACUGCGGUCGCGAUGCAGACUGGGACGACCGCCAGAAGAAGUGCGUUUGCAAGGACAAGGGCAAGGAGUUCGAUUGGAAGCGCAAGGAAUGCAAAUGCCCCGACGACAAGAAGUGGGAUGGUCAUAGGUGCGUCAAGGAUUGUGGCCGCGAUGCCCAUUGGGACGACCACGACAGGAAGUGCGAGUGCAACGACCGCGGCAAGGAGUUCGACCCCAAGCACAAGACCUGCAAGUGCCCCGACGACAAGAAGUGGAACGGCCAUAAGUGCGUCAAGGACUGUGGCCGCGAUGCCGACUGGGAUGACCGCAAGAAUAAGUGUGUCUGCAAGGAUAAGGGCAAGGAGUUCGAUUGGAGGCGCAAGGAAUGCAAGUGCCCCGACGACAAGAAGUGGGAUGGUCAUAAGUGCGUCAAGGACUGUGGCCGCGACGCCGACUGGGACGACCGCAAGAAUAAGUGCGUCUGCAAGGAUAAGGACAAGGAGUUCGAUUGGAAGCACAAGGUCUGCAAGUGCCCCGAUGGCAAGAAGUGGGAUGGUCACAGGUGCGUCAAGGACUGCGGCCGCGACGCCGACUUCGACUGGAAGCGCGGCAAGUGUGUCUGCAAGGACAAGGACAAGGAGUUCGACGACAAAACCAAGCAGUGCAAGUGCCCGUGGGGCAAGGGCUGGGACGACAGGUCCCACGGGUGCAAGAAGCUUCAUCAUUGA